CGCAGUCAAGACAACUAUCCCCGGGCCUGGACAGAACCAGCAAAAUCGCGAUAACUUGAUAAUAUAAUCUUAAGCAACCAGAGACAUAGACAGCAGUAUCAAAUAUGCCCAAAAAGAUUGAAUGCUAUCUUGACUGCGUGUCGCCCUACAGCUACCACGCGUUCACCUAUCUCCAAAAGAAUGCAGCGUCAUUGAAAGCUCUCAAUGUAGAGAUUGAAUACAUCCCCGUUUUUCUGGGAGGCAUCAACGUUGGCAGUGGAAACAAACCUCCAUGGACCCUCCCAGCCAAAGCAGAAUACGCAAAAUACGAUGGCAAACGAGCCCAGAAAUACUUCGGACGGAGCUUUGAAGUCCCGUCUUUCUUUCCCAUUCUUUCGCUUCUGCCCCAACGAGCCCUAACAUUCAUCAAACAGAAAUAUCCUACAGAGACCCUCGAAACCGCCUUCCUCAACUGCUUCGAAACAAUGUGGCUGGGUCAACUCGACCUCUCCAAACCCGAGAACCUCGUCUUAGCCCUCGGGAAAAGCCUUGAAAAGCACCAAGUCGAGGAAAUCCUAACUGCAGCUGCUGACCCGCAAAUCAAGGGUUUACUUGCGGCGACAACAGAGCGCGUCAUCAAGGAACAGGGCGCGUUUGGGUGUCCGUGGUUUUGGGUGGAUAAUGGGGAGGGAGUGAAGGAGCCGUUUUUUGGGAGUGACCGCUUUCAUUAUAUGUGGGAGUUUUUGGGGCUUCCGUAUGAGGAUUUGAGGUUGAAUGUUAAGGCGAGUUUGUAGGUUUUUUACUAUCUAUUGAUAUAGGUUUGGGAUGUGCGUUUAGCAGAUAUUUGAUAUUGAUAAUAUCGCGAGAGAUGCUGAACUCAUUGAGAUAAACCUGAAUAAUAUUAUGUAGACAUCUACAGCUUAGUCUGGCGGUUCUUCGCACUAUCCAUCCUAUCACCCUCAUCAUCCUGCUCUGCUACCUCCAAAACUGGAAAUUCGUUUGGCAUUAUCCGCCGGGGACUCGACCCAGGGACGAUGGAAUACUUGGAGAAAUCAGAGACUCCGCAGUAUUUACGGAGAAAGUCCUCGUCUAGUUCGAUAAGUC